GCGGCUGCUGAACUUGCUUUACGGAACAUCGUUCAGUUUAGAAAUACACCUGAGGUUCACCAAGCUAUCAAUACUUGCCAGCCUGUUGUGCCUCUUGAGCCAGAUUUUACGAGCGACGUCACAGAACGUGAUAAUCACCUUGUCAAUGCGUUUAAAACACUAACACAAGAGCCAAAGAAUACUAAUAAGAUCCUAGAAAAAGGUCCAGUGGCGUUGAUUAACGAAUUAUAUCCAGGAGUCGUAUAUAACUGUAUAUCCGAUACCGGGGAAAGUUAUGCCAAGUUUACGAUAUCGGUAACUAUUAAUGGCGAGACGUUUGAAGGGACCGGCCCGAGUAAGAAACUGGCGAAAGCCGCGGCGAGUAAGGCCGCUUUAGCGAAAUUACAAAACGUCCAGACUUCCUCGUUUUGUUUACCACUUCCUGUGCGCGCCAAUUUUUCUCAAGAGCAAAUGUGUUUACCGCAAAUGCUAGCCGACAAAAUAGGCAAGAUGGUUAACCAGAAAUUCCACGAACUUAUUCAAUCCAAACCGCAACACGCGCGACGUAAAGUUUUAGCUGGCGUUGUAAUAACGAAAGGACAAGAAGUAGAACUGAUCUGUGUCACUACCGGUACGAAAUGCAUCUCGGGCGAUCAUUUGAGCCAAACUGGUGGCGCUCUAAAUGAUUGUCAUGCAGAAGUAGUAGCACGACGGUGUCUCUGUGAGUAUCUUUAUAAACAAUUAGAAUUGCACACUGAAGAGAAAGGCCUCGAAUCUAUUCUCGAGCCAGCUAAGAAGGGAUUCAAGUUAAAACAAGGCAUCCAAUUUCAUUUAUAUAUCAAUACCGCCCCCUGCGGAGACGCGAGAAUUUUCUCACCUCACGAAGACAACGAUAACAUAGACAAGCAUCCCAAUAGACGAGCUAGAGGUCAAUUACGUACAAAGAUAGAAUCUGGCGAAGGGACUAUUCCUGUAAAAAGUAAUGAGAGUAUUCAAACCUGGGAUGGUGUAAUGAUGCUUGAAUUAAAGGGUCAAAGACUGCUGACGAUGUCGUGUUCGGACAAAAUAGCUCGGUGGAACGUACUUGGUGUGCAGGGUGCACUCCUAAGCCACUUCAUCGAGCCAAUUUACUUCCACAGCAUUGUCCUCGGCAGUCUCUUGAAUCCGAGUCAUAUGUAUAGAGCGGUGUGCGGUCGCAUUGAACAUACUAUUCAGGGUUUACCACCGCCAUAUAGACUUAAUAAACCGUUAAUGAGUCUAAUCACAUCUUCUGAGGUCAGGCAACCUGGAAAAGCGCCUAAUUAUAGCGUCAAUUGGACAAUCGGACAAACCGAAGCCGAAGUUAUAAAUUGCACAACUGGCAAAGAUGAACUUAUGAAAUCUUCUAGGAUAUCUAAGCAAGCAUUUUUCAGGCGGUUCUUUAAUCUUUUACUUAAACUUCCGACUAUAAACGAUAUUGACAAGGACAGAUGUCGCCAGUACAGCGAGGCAAAAUCUUCAGUACAAGAUUAUUCGCUUGCCAAGCGUCAAUUGAAGGAUGCUUUCGUGAAAGCACAGCUUGGAAAUUGGGUGAAAAAGCCGUGUGAGCAAGACACGUUCGACAUCGAUAUCUGACUGAAUCAGAGUAAUAAAAACAUGAUAAAAAACGCAAAAAGUCCAAUGAUCGAAACGUAGUUCCUAGUGCAAAAUAGAUCGCUCGUUCAAUCAAGCGUCUUCAGUCAAGCAGUUAGAUAUCACGCUUUGCGCCUUCCCCCGCAUAAUAAAACUAAACAAAACUCCCAGCGUGAUACCUAACUGCUUGAAGACGUUUGAUUAUUCUGCAUGAUUGACCAGUCAUCAUGUUUAAAAUUGGCGCACUUUUGCAUGCGCGUGCGGCCACUGAGCAUGCGCAUGUGGCCGCAGGGCGCAUGUUCAGUGACUUCAGUGUUG